AGCAAUUCUGCUUAAAUGUAUAGGAAUUUCAUAAUCUAUUUUAAGUGUUAAGUGUAGUUCGUUUCGUCAAAACGGUGCUACUAUUAUAAUAAUAUAUUAUUUUAAUUAAACAAUACCGACAUAGUUUAAUAGAUUUGCUCAACGUAGUGUUUGUUUUCGAGUUUCCUUUUAAACGUUUUAUUGAAACGCCGGGUUUGUUCCUCCACAGAUUCCCACUGUGUACGUAUAACAAAAUUAUACUGUGGGGCAUUGACACUUUUACUGGAAUUAUGAAGCUGAUGAUCAAAUAAUUAUCAAUCGAGUCACCUUGCAGUAAUGAGUACCAGAGAAGCGACCGACAGCCGCUAUAUUGACGAUCCCAUUCGACCGGGUAAAAAGCCAUCGUUCAAGGUGAAACCGCCGUCUUAUGUAAACAUAUCGAGGUGCAUAAAUGGCUAUACUUCUUCACUGACACAAUACGAUAGUAAAAAGAGAGAGAGCCGCUCGAGAGACUGUAGUCCAAUUAACCUACGCACUGCCAACACCAAUAUGGACGAACAGAACUUUGUAUCUAAAUGUACGAUAACCGACACUGUCGAUUAUAGAAACGAAUCAGCUAGUUCGGUUGUUGUUAAUACAAUCCAACGGCUUUAUGGUUCUACUGUAAAAAUAUCAAAUAAAGAAAUAAGAUCAAAUAACAUUCCAACAUCUGUUGUAUGCCAAACAGAAAAUAUUGAUUUGCCUGUGUUGAAACUUCUGAAUCCUCAAUUUCGGGCAAAAUUAGCAAUUAAUAAAUGUGGGUCGCCAAAGAAACAAAAGCCCACUGUAAUUCAACACAGUAUCGAUAACGAAGUAGUCUAUGGUGGCAACUACUUUAUUAAUUUAGUGAAUAUAGAAUGCGACUUAAUUAAACAGUUAAUAUUACAAGUAGACUGUUUAUUACCAAUCGCUCCAGAAUACGGCCAAGCUCGUAUACAAGCGGCCAUUGGCAAAUCAAAUUUGUUAAUGUCGCAGAAAAUCAAACAGUUCCUGGGUUUAUGUGAGAGCAAUAUAUCGUGUGCGCUUGAUGAUGUUUCAAGACCUAAAGACAAUGAUCUCGAGGGUUUUUGGGACAUGGUCAAAAUCCAAAUCGAUCAGGUAAAAACAGAAAUGAAUAAAAUUAUAGAGCUCAGUGAAAAGGGUUGGCCUGAAGAUGAAGACAUUGUAAAACCUAUAAAUGUUGUCAAAGUAAAAACGAAAGUGAAAAAGCCAGUAAUUUCAAAUUCUAAGUACGACACGGCUCGAAAAAAGGCAAUUGAAGAACAACGAAAAGCGAUGAAAAACGCUAAAAGCGAAGAUGUUAUAUUUUUUUAACAAAAAUAUUUUUAUGAACACUAGACUGUACUAUUACAUGUUUAAAAGUAUUAUUAUAGUUUUUAAUUUAUAAUUGUUUUAACUUUUUUAAAAUGUAUAAUUAUUUGUACAUGUCACUUCUGUGAUUGCAAAAGAUAAAUUAUUUUUAUAACUAAAUGCAAAUUUUAUAUAGAAGUUAAAAUUAAUUUUUAAACGCAAAUUAAUUUUACUGUUAAAUAUUUUUAAUUUUAAAAACAAGUGCACUUAUACAAUUACUAAACGUUGUAACGAAAGAAAAAAAAACUAAAAAAAAUAUUAUACACUAAGACAAUACUAAAAAAAAAUCUUUAAAUUCAAAUCAUUUAAGUUGAUAGCACAAUAAUUAGUAAAAGCGAUAUUAACAUUUUAAUUUUUAUGUUAUACAUAUAUUUAAAUAAUUUGUAUUUUAAACUUAUAAGAUGUGUUUCACAUACUUUUUGUUAUGUACAUUAUCAAAUUAUUUUUUGCCAGUACUAACCUUGCUCGAGCAUUUAUACUUCCGUACGUAAUCGCACUUGUAAUAUUAGCUUUUUAUUCUUUUUUUUGUUUAAAGUAUUAUUUUAUUUUCGAGGCUGCUACCUUUUUAGUAGUACUCUAAAACGUACUUAAAAUGUACUCCAAGUAGACUACCUUUUUAUAGACUAUUAUAAUAUUAUUUACAGUAUUAUUUAUUAUUGUUGCCAGAUGCCGAUCCGAUCGAUUGUAAAACAUAACUAAAUAAAUGAUUUUUACCUAACUUACGUUAAAAUAACGAUUAUGACUUUGUAAUGACUUUUGACACAUUCACGUUAAAUAUUUUAUAUA